CGUCGGGGAACACUCGGGUCAAUAAUCGUAAGAUGGCUGACCUAGGGAAAGAGGAUGCGAGUCUCUUGUCUGAUCAAAAGCCCAGCGAACAAGCACUUUUUCAUGAUAAGGGGAAAAGUCCUAAAGAGAAAUUGUAUUUGUACCUAUUCAUAGCAUUGGUGGUGAUAAUGGUUGGGGUCACUAUUAUCAUAUCAAUGAUAAGAGGAAGCACAACAGACUCUACUUACUUGUUGCUUGGGAUAAGUAUUUUAUCAAUAGGGUUUGUGCAAGGAGUGUUGAUCCAUUGGACAAGAACUGGUGAACUCCCAGCAGAAAAACUAUGGUUUCUGUAUUUAGUUGGUACUUGCCUGAUUCUUGAGUCAAUAUUUACUGAUGUCCUACUCUUUCAUGUACCCAGUUAACCAAUUCAUUUCAUGCUGUUGGGUAAAUAUUGAUGAUAAUAGUAAGGGUUCAUAAUAGUUGAAGUAUAAACCAACAUUCUAAUUUAAUUGAUAAACUAUUCAUCCGGAAUGACCUGCCGACCCAUAUAGUACCAUUUAGGACCUGUAAGAUUCACUAUCUGCCAGCAUAAAAAAAUAUCAAAAAUACAUGAAAUACGAAAAAAGACAUUUACACAUUUAGGCAUUUACAUAUUUACACACUUACACA